GCACCGAGUGGACGAGAAGAAAGGGAGAGGCGGAAUGGAAAAAAGAGGAGAGAAUAUUAUGAGUGAGUGAGUAGUGAGGCGGUCGGUCUCUAUCUCUCUUUUUCUUUAGGUUACGCUUUCGUUCCGGUAGCGGCGCGAUGGGGUGCACGGCGUCACGGCUGGACAACGAGGACACGGUGCGGCGGUGCAAGGAGCGGCGUCGCCUCAUGAAGGAGGCCGUGGACUCCCGCCACCACCUCGCCUCCGCCCACUCCGAAUACCUCAACUCCCUCCGCCUCACCGGCUCCGCUUUAACCCGCUUCGCCCAGGGCGAGCCACUUGCUGUCUCCGACCACGCCCCUCCCAUCCUCCUCCUCCGCACUCACCCCAUUCCGCCCCAUUCCACCGACACCUCCCUCCCGCCGCCCACUCCCCAGCCUCGGCCGCCGCCUCCUCGCUUAUUCCCUUCCCCUUCUCCUUCUCCGACCAUCACCAGCUCUAAGCUCCCCCACAUCCUCUCCGAUUCCACUCCCGCCUCCGCCCGCUCUUCCUUCCGCAAACCGCCUCCCGCCCCCGCCAAGUACUAUCCCCACAUACCCAUGAACUCGACCUACGCCACCACCCCCUCCCAGUCAUCCUCCGCCUGGGACUGGGAGAACUUCUACCCCCCUUCCCCGCCCGAUUCCGAGUUCUUCGAGCGCCGGAAAGCCGAGCGCGACGAAAUGAACCGCCAGCUGCACCACCAUCUCCCCCGGGAAGAAGAGGGCGAGGUGGAGGAGGGAAUCCAAGGAGAGAGGGAAGAAAUCCACUGCCGCGACUGGGACGAGCGAUACAGCGGCACGACGAGCUCCACCACCGAAUGCGACGGCGAGAACGAGGAGGAGGAGGAGAGGGAGUCGAGAUCGGACGGGAUCGCCGCCAGAUCCGACUACGGGGGGUCCGACCCCGGCCGGGCGGCGCCGUCGGAGAUCGGGUCGUCCGCGGCGGCGGAGGUGAAGACGCUUCGGCGGGAGAGGUCGGAGGCGGGAUCGUCGUCAGCCGGGUGGAACGGGCGGGAGGACGCCUCCUCCGCCGCCGAGCUCAAGAUGGUAGUACGCCACCGCAACCUGGCGGAGAUCGUGGCGGCGAUCCAGGAGUACUUCGUUAAGGUGGCCGAUGCCGGCGAGGGCGUCUCCAAACUCCUGGAAACCGGCCGCGCGCAGUUCGAACGGAGCUUCCGGCAGCUCAAGAAGACGGUGUACCAUUCGAACAGUGUACUGAGCGCGCUGUCGUCAAGCUGGACCUCGAAGCCGCCGUUGGCGAUAAAAUAUCGGCUCGAUACCGGCAUGCUGGAGGACUCGGGUGGAGGGAAGAGCCACGGCUCGACGCUGGAGCGGCUCUUGGCUUGGGAGAAGAAGCUCUACGAGGAGGUCAAGACUAGAGAGAGCAUUAAGAUUGAGCAUGAAAAGAAGCUGUCGACAUUGCAGAGCCAGGAAUAUAAGGGAAAGGAGGAUGCAAAACUGGACAAGACCAAGGCCUCCAUAAAGAAAUUGCAGUCGUUGAUCAUAGUCACAUCUCAGGCUGUCGCCACCACUUCUUCUGCCAUCACCAGAGUCCGUGACGAUGAACUCGCCCCACAACUUGUUGAUAUAUGCUAUGGGCUUUUGAACAUGUGGAGAUCAAUGCAUCAAUUCCAUGAGGUCCAAAAUCAUAUUGUUCAACAAGUCCGUGGUCUUGUGAAUCGAUCUUCUGCUGGUGAGCCGACAUCUGACCUCCACCGACUGGCUACUCGUGACCUUGAAGCUGCUGUCUCUGCCUGGCAUUCAAGUUUCAAUCGUCUCAUCAAAUACCAACGAGACUAUAUCCGAGCCCUCUACAGCUGGCUCAGGCUCACCCUCUAUCAAGUUAGCAGUGACAACCCCCAGAAAGACCAUUCUUCUCCCAUCUCGCUUGAACUUACUGCCUUCUGUGACGAAUGGAAGCAAGCACUCGACCGGCUUCCCGAUACUGUGGCAUCCGAGGCCAUCAAAAGCUUCAUGAAUGUCAUCCAUGUCAUCUACACCAAGCAGGCGGAGGAGCUAAAAAUCAAAAAACGCACUGAAGCUCUUUCAAAAGAGCUUGAGAAGAAGUCCGCAUCAUUGAGAUCCAUCGAGAAAAAGUACUACCAAUCCUACUCGAUGGUCGGCAUCGGGCUUCCGGGUGGUGGGCGUGACAAUGGUGGACAAGUUUUUGACUCACGCGAUCCACUAGCAGAGAAGAAGUCUGAGAUUGCUGCAUGCAGGAGAAGGGUGGAGGAUGAGAUGAUGAGGCAUGCCAAGGCAGUGGAGGUGACAAGAUCAAUGACUCUCAACAACAUACAGACAGGUCUGCCCGGGGUGUUCCAGGCGAUGACUGGUUUCUCAAACUUGUUUGUGGAAGCUCUGGAAGCUGUUUGCCGGCGAGCUAGUUCUUUAUGGCAGGAUCUGGUCUUGCUCUCCACAAUGAGGGUGUUUGGGGAAAUUUAAUGGCGAGAUGUUUUCCAUUAGGCGGUGAUCCGGCCGGUUUCGGGGAGGUUUGUCUGCUGGCCGUGGGGCCGGUGGCCCCCCCGUUCUACGGAAAAGGACCACCGUUGUCCUGGAUGUAUCAGGCGGCAGGAAGAUAGUUUUAUUUAUAGCUGCGAACAUGGCUAUCCGUAUAUCGUUCCUCGGGCCGCACAACUCCUCCGCGCCCGCCACUUGUGGUUGGUGACGCUGGGAAGUGCUGAGGUGCCAUUGGAAAGUUUAACCUUUUUUUGGCGUGAAGGUUUUAUGUUACUAAAUAACUCUUUUUGAAUUGAUGGUUCUCCCGGCCGUAUGCCUUGUAUGGGUCAUUUGCUCAGUUGCAGUACGUGGUUAUGAUUUUUAAUCCACCAGCUGUUAGAAUUGAUGCAAUCAUUGGAUCAAGAUUCUUUUC